AUGCUUGGGACUUUGGACGAUGACCAGAAGAAGGACUGGAAGCGGUAUCUAGGCCCAUUGACAUUUGCGUACAUCUGUAUUCGCCACGACACCACCAGCUACUCACCCUUUGAGUUGUUGUUCGGGAGGCAGCCUAGACUUCCAGUUGAUUUGGUAUUAGGGUUGGAGGAACCUGGGAGCAGUGUCAGGAUGCCGGAGUAUGCUAAGGAUCUGAGGAAGUGUAUGUCUCAGUCAUUUGAGUUGGCUUACAAGAAAGCCAGGGAGGCCCAGCAUCGACAGAAAGUGACGUGCGAUGUCAGAGCUCGACAUGCCAUGUUGGACAUUGGCGAUCGCGUUUUGGUCAAGAUCUUGGCGUUUGAGGGUCGACAUAAGCUUUCGAACAGAUGGGAGUCUGAUGUGUACAUGGUGAUUGGUCAGGAGAAUCAGGACAUACCCGUUUAUCAACUCAGGAAGGAGAGUGGUGAAGGCAGGGUAAGGACUCUGCACCGGAACCAUCUAUUGCCGGUCGGGUCAUUACCGAUAGACAGAGAUAUCCGGAAGAUUCGGCCACACCUAGCACCUUGGGUGAAGGCGAGAGCGAAUCUUAGGAGCGCGCCAGCGGAGGAGUCUGUUGUUGUUCACGUGUCAUCAGAAGACUCUGACAGUGAUGAUAGUAACAGUUCGUGUAUAUUGGGGGAGGAUGUGUCUACACACAUCUCGCGGCCACCCAUACCUGAUUGA